AUGGCGAUGGCGAGUUUAGCCAGGAGAAAAGCGUAUUUUCUCACCAGAAACGUAACCAACUCUCCCACUGACGCUUUCAGAUUCUCGUUUUCCCUUUCCCGUGGCUUCGCUUCAUCGGGAUCUGAUGAGAACGACGUCGUAGUCAUCGGCGGUGGUCCCGGCGGCUACGUGGCGGCGAUCAAAGCGGCUCAGCUUGGUCUCAAAACCACCUGUAUCGAGAAACGCGGCGCACUUGGUGGUACUUGUCUCAACGUCGGUUGCAUUCCCUCAAAGGCCCUUCUUCACUCUUCACAUAUGUACCAUGAGGCGCAACAUUCUUUCGCCAAACACGGUAUCAAGGUAUCUUCGGUUGAGGUUGAUCUUCCUGCUAUGUUGGCUCAGAAAGACAAUGCGGUUAAGAACCUAACUCGAGGUAUUGAGGGUUUGUUCAAGAAGAACAAGGUAACCUAUGUCAAGGGUUAUGGUAAGUUUCUUUCCCCCAAUGAAGUCUCUGUGGAAACAAUUGAUGGAGAAAACACCGUUGUGAAAGGCAAGCACAUCAUUGUUGCUACUGGCUCAGAUGUCAAAUCUUUGCCUGGUAUUACGAUUGAUGAAAAGAAGAUUGUUUCAUCGACUGGAGCAUUGUCUCUGUCGGAAAUUCCAAAGAAACUGAUUGUGAUUGGUGCCGGAUAUAUUGGGCUUGAGAUGGGUUCUGUUUGGGGUCGGCUUGGAUCAGAGGUCACCGUUGUUGAGUUUGCUGGGGAUAUUGUUCCUUCGAUGGAUGGCGAAAUCCGCAAGCAGUUUCAACGUUCACUCGAGAAGCAAAAGAUGAAAUUCAUGCUCAAGACUAAAGUUGUAUCCGUGGACUCCUCUGGAGACGGUGUAAAGCUCACUGUGGAACCGUCAGAUGGAGGAGACCAGACCACACUCGAAGCUGAUGUUGUCCUUGUCUCAGCGGGAAGAACACCAUUCACAUCUGGACUUGAUCUGGAGAAAAUCGGAGUUCAAACUGACAAAGCCGGGAGAAUUCUGGUGAACGAGAGAUUCUUGACCAAUGUCUCAGGCGUGUAUGCGAUUGGAGAUGUGAUUCCAGGACCAAUGCUUGCUCACAAAGCCGAAGAAGACGGUGUCGCAUGUGUGGAAUUCAUAGCAGGCAAACACGGCCAUGUGGAUUAUGACAAGGUUCCUGGUGUUGUCUACACACAUCCUGAGGUUGCAUCGGUUGGAAAAACCGAAGAACAGCUGAAGGCAGAUGGUGUGAGUUACCGGGUUGGGAAAUUCCCGUUUAUGGCUAAUAGCAGAGCUAAGGCCAUAGAUAAUGCAGAAGGAUUGGUUAAGAUUUUGGCUGAUAAGGAAACCGAUAAGAUCUUGGGCGUUCACAUUAUGGCGCCAAACGCUGGAGAGCUGAUCCAUGAAGCGGUUCUUGCGAUUAACUAUGAUGCAUCGAGUGAAGACAUUGCUCGAGUUUGUCAUGCUCAUCCCACUAUGAGCGAGGCUCUCAAGGAAGCUGCAAUGGCCACUUAUGACAAGCCGAUUCACAUCUAA